UUCCCGCAAUGGGCAGAACUGAAAAGUCUCCGAAAAGAUAACAACGUCGAACUGGCAGACCAUUUACUCAAAGUACACGAACACUACUGCAAAUCGUGCAGACAAAAUGGCGGCGAAUGUUUACAAACAAGGUAGAGGCAGGCCUGUUUUAUUCUCGCCAAAUGAUAUGAGAGAAAGAAGAAAUGCUGCGCAGAAAGGGCGUCGGCAACAGAUGGUGUACAUUAAAACGGCCAUGGAUCGUUGGAAGGAGCAGAGGGGCACCAUGACAGACGAGCAGUUUGCCUUGUUGCUCUUAGACAGGAAUGAUGCAUUCGUGAGAAUGAAUGCAUCCGAUUCCCAAUCAGCACCAAUGAGAAAGAGACCUGAUGACAUGGAGGUAGGAAAGUCUGAGGUGUCAAGUAUAUCGACAGAUCACUUUAAUGGAGAGCUGAAAACAGGCAUAAUAAGCAGAGUUGAGGAUCUGCAUAGUAAUUAUGAUUCCCGUCAGGAUGAAGUCAGCUCAAGGGAAUCCCUGAGUAGCCGAAAUAUCAAAGUUGUCAAUCAGAACGGCCAGGUUUAUGUGACACUUGGCAGGGACAGGCAGAAAUCUGGAACGGGUAACAGUCAGCAACAUCAGCAACAGCAGCAACAUCAGCAACAAAUACCAGUCCUUGUCGGCUCACAGCCAAGCGUGAACUCUUAUCAACAAAAUGUUCUCGAGCACUCACCCUUUGUAAACAAACCACAAACUACAACCUCUGAUCCGAAGAUCAGUCAACAGCCUGCAUUUAUGAACCAGGUAUCGAAUGGGUACAUUUUAGGUGAAGUACCCCCGAAACACAUGAACAAUGAGAUUGGUUGUCAGGUGCUAAGUAAUAGUUCCCUGGACAGUUCUAGAGUUCAGAAUCCUGUUUCAGUCCAGACUGGCCAAAGAACCUCACUGACCAGGGAUAAUCCACAUGACCAUCCAGAUAAGGGUGGUGUUAUUCAGGGGAAUCUACACCAUGUUGGAAGGGAGAGUGGUUCUGGAAAGCAUCAGGUACUUGUGGAGAAGCAGCUCGAGGUGAAAGAGGAACCUGUAGAUGAUUUUGUGGUUAUCAUCAAUCCUGAUGAUGAUGAUGAUGACGAUGAUGAUGAGGAGGACGAAUAUGAUGGAGAAACAACAGACACUUGUGAGGAAAGUGAUCUUAUUUCAGAGCCUCAUGAUAAGGAAUUUGAUCUGGUUGAGGUCAAGGAGGAACCAAUAGAUGAUUACCCAGAUCAUGCAGGUCACCCUCAAGAGGGUUCAGUUGAGUGUCACAGAGGACUACAGACGGCAGCUACUGUCACUAAUGGGGCUCAACAUCAGCCUGGGAAUUCCAGGAUGUGUCUACCAGAUGGAAAUCCACUCAGUUCCUCCAACACCAACACCAACACCAGUCCAAAUUUACAAGAGGCCAUAAUUGAAGUGGUAACGUGUUACAGAUAUGGAGAUUUGGUUAACAGACAUUUAACAUCCUCAUCCAACAAAGUUAAGGACAAACAGUUGAUGUCCUGUGAUGACUUGCUUGAACAGAUUCCCAAAACUGGGACACAUGUGACACAGACUGAACAGGGGCAGAUGGGGUCCGUGGAUCAGGAGAACCUCAGGAAGAGGAAGCAUGUCCAGGAGGAACAAGAGCAGACACAGAAGAACACGAAACACAAUGUAUGACACAUGCAACAUCAUGAGGACUCGCAAAGCUGAAUAAUUGGGAUACAUGAGGUUUUCAGUAAAGGAGAUGCAAACGUUCACUGGUCAUAGUGUACUCAUACCUGCUUUCUCCUGGCAGACAUAGAUCUGGGGUCUCUCAUGCCAAGGUCAUACCAAGGUCAGGUGCCCGAGAGGCUGGAAGAUGUAUGCAAGCUGACUGAUGAUACCACAGAAAACAUGGCGGUGAAACCAUCUCAAGAAGUUGACCAAAAGGAGUCAGCUGGCAGAAGAGAUGAAGCAAAGGUGUGGUGCAGAAAGUUAAGAGAAUGAAACAGCAGAGAAAGUGAAAUGAAAGCCAUCUUCAUUGUGAAAGGACGUUAUCAGCCAUAUCAUGCUCACAUGACUACUGGUGUAGGACAUGUCAUGUGAAGCCUGGCGUCAGUAUCUAACAUCACAUUUUCGUUGGACAUGUACCAGGUGUCAUCCAAAAUGUUCCUGAUUCUGUUAUGUGUGAUCAGACCCCCAAGACAUUUUUGUUGGAUGCAGCAGCCUUUAUUUGUUGCCUCCUCAAUUAACUGGACCAGUUAAGCUGAAACAGAAGUUAAUUUUCCCAGUUGUCUCAUUGUGGAGAAAUUUGGCUAAACCUGUAGAGGUUUCCAAUUCUUUGGAGAGAGUCGUCCUUGGGGUACAUAUAUGCAUUUUCUGCCGCUGAAAAUGUCA